UGGCCACUGUAAUUUAAAAUAAAGCUUUAAUCUUAACAUUCAUAAGUCAUUAACAUAAGUCUUAGCUCGAUACUUUAUGUGCUGCGUGAUCGAUGAUGCCCCGGCUUUACCUCACCGUACGCUUUUUUAGUGAGCACGCGCAGAAGUUUUGCCAGUCAAACCAGAACAAACACAAAGAGAGGACCAGUUCAACUUGUCCUCUAAGCAGUUUGGGCAAUUCAUCUCUUUCUGCUCAGCUACGCCGACUAUUACAUUUAACACCUGAUGGAAUAUUCUUCCUUUUUUUUUUUUUCCUUAAGUAAACUACAUUUUUAAGAUAUUAGUUUUUGUAGAUUCUUUCAACCUCCACGUCAGUCCACGUCUCAAAAUAUUGUAAUCUGUGAAACCAGUGUAUGAAUUUAAUUUAAUGAUGAUUUAUUGAUUCAGUUAAGUCUGAAGGGGAUUCCGGUGUCAAAAUAUCAGGACAAAGCAAAGAAUAACAGUAUAAAUGGAAUUGGAGUCCUUGUUUUCCACUCCCUCUACAGAUAAAAACUCCGGGAGACUGGGCUGUUUCGGUUGGCUGCUGGUCAUCGUAUCCCUCCUCUUUAUAACAGUAACCUUCCCGCUCACAAUAUUUAUGAGUGUUAAGAUAGUGAAGGAGUAUGAGCGAGCCGUCAUUUUUAGACUCGGCCGGAUCACCGACAGGAAGCCUAAAGGGCCAGGACUUUUCUUCGUUCUGCCCUGCACCGAUAACUUUGUGAAAGUGGAUCUGAGAACCGUGUCCUUUGACAUCCCACCACAAGAGAUCCUAACCAAAGACUCAGUAACAGUGUCUGUGGACGGCGUGGUGUACUUCCGCAUACAUUGCCCGAUCUCAUCGGUGGCCAAUGUGUCCAACGCACACUCAUCUACACGGCUGUUGGCUCAAACCACCCUGAGGAAUGUACUCGGUACCAAAAACCUUGCAGAGCUGUUGUCUGACAGAGAGGGCAUAUCGCUCAGUAUGCAGGAAGCUCUGGAUGAAGCCACUGAUCCCUGGGGCAUUAAGGUGGAACGUGUGGAGAUCAAGGACGUGAAGUUGCCUCAGCAGCUGCAGAGAGCCAUGGCAGCAGAGGCAGAGGCCAGCCGGGAGGCCAGAGCGAAGAUCAUCGCUGCCGAGGGAGAGAUGAAGGCCUCCAGGGCCCUGAAAGAAGCCUCUCUGGUGAUCGCUGAGGCACCCUCUGCUCUCCAGCUGCGGUACCUGCAGACCCUCAACAGCAUCGCAGCAGAGAAGAACUCAACCAUCAUCUUCCCUCUGCCCAUAGAUAUGUUGCAGAGUUUCAUGCAGAGGAAGUGAUGAAUCUCAUAGUCCUAUUAGAGCUAA